AGUGGCUCAGAUCAUGCUCUGCCGACAGCUGUGCGGACAGAAGGCCGCAUUGGCCACAGCGAUUGACCAUUUCGAGCAAAGCAUUCUCUUCUUCCAACAUUACACCAGUCAAUCAGCGUGACAGUCGAGUCGAGCCAACAGCACCACACCAUGAGCGGACACGGACAUCCUCAAGGCCAUCACGGAGGCAACCCAGGCGGUGGUAUGGGUGGACCUCCCAUCAAUUUGAACCAGCUGCAACAACAAGCGCAACAGAAUCCGGCUCAGAUGCUUCAGCUCCAACAGAUGAUUGCCCAGAAUCAACAACGCCAACAGGGUUUGCAAAUGAAUAUUCAGCAGCCGGGAAUGGCUCCGCAAGCGCAGCAGCGACAGCAGCCACAACAGCAACAACAACAAGUCAAUCCGCAACAGCAGCAGCAACAGAACAGUUCCUUACCCAUUCGUGCCUAUUUGGAUCAAACGGUCGUCCCCAUUCUUUUGGACGGAAUGUCCCAACUGGUCAAGGAACGACCUCCGAAUCCAAUCGAAUUUUUGGCGUCCUAUUUGUUGCAGCAUGAUCCUCAACGAGCUGCAGGCGGUGCCCCGCAACAACAGCGACCUGGGCAGCCAUAGACAGACAGGUGGGGUUCUCUAAAAAUAUUAUGUGGAUCACGACAUUGUCAGCAUUCAAACUCCUGGCAACAUGCCAAGCAAGUCUCAUUUUUCCUGGGCCCGGAAUAAACAUCACCCGAGCAACAAUUAGAGUAAUCAUCUAUUCCAUCGAUCGAGUCUCACACCUCGAAAAAGCGACAAUUUAUAAACAUGGUCUAGCUGCAUGUUGCUCCAGAACAAUUGUCUAUUAGCUAGAGACUACUUUGCGAGAUUUAGUCCAGAUAUAUUUUACAGUAGAUAUGUCUUGGUUGCAAUCCAU